AUGGUUGAAGAAAAUUUGGCAAAGAUUCCUGUACAGAAGAAGGACGAUUUCUGGGGAAUCGAUAAAAUCGCUCCACUCUACAGUAUCGAAUCCGCGGAACGUUCGGUACACCCAUUAGUAGGAAGUGCCAGCAAAAUCAAUUUGGUGAAAAAUCGCCACGAGAUCGUCAUGACACCACACAAGAACAAGCUGAGUGAGUUGACUGAGGAAGAACAGAAGUCGUACUUGCGCCGGGUGGGCGUGUCGGCGCACAAUGCUCGGCAUCAUCGCCAAAGAACACAGGAGAGGGCGAACAGUCCAGACAAGUGCCUCUCAAAGGUUCGAACAAGAUCGAAAUCUGAACUGCAGUUCAUUCAGUUCUAUGAAAACGGCAAAUUCCGUGCGGUGUCGUCAAAUGGCACACGGAACGGCGACGAUCCAUGGCAACGAUCU